AUGCUCCUUCGAGCGCCAAAGAACAUUGCAAAGAUACUUCACAAUCACUCCAAUCCUACAGAUAAACCUCCUUCGCCUCGCGUUCAUGGGCCCGUAAAACCAGAUAUUUCGCUAGCCGAAUCAUUCGAGUCUCCCCGACUCAGACUUCUCAACAUUUCGCCCGCGGCCUCGACAGAGUCGGUCGUACUCAACACGACAAAGGACCUCCCGCCUGCACCAUCUUCGAGCCAAAACUCCUCACCACAAAAGAAGCCUCAUCUCACUGACCCUCCGCCGCGAACAGCCUCGACGCGUCGCGGACCUCCCGCGCCAAUCAGAAUCCCUAAUGGGCGGAUACACGCACCCCCUAUCAUUGUCGAACGCGACGCGGACCUCGCUGAUCUCGAGAACAGAAUCUCCAUCAGCAUCCGCACCCCGCGGGUACCGCGCAAGUCAUCAAAGCGAAAGGGUUCCAAGAGCGAGCAGCAGGCUGGUGCUAAGAUUAUUCCCCCACCACUGCCAGAGGCCAAGAUCGUGGCAACGAACGCUAGCGCUGCUCCAUCCGCCUCGUCGUCUGCGCAAAACUCUAGAAGAGGUUCCUUGGCGACGAACGGGGAUGAUGCGAUGACCGAAGCCAGCAAUGACGAGUAUCGGUUCUCCCUUGGAUUCCUGCUGCAGCCAGACAGGACCUCGGUGAUGACAACGAGGACGGGCCGUGCGGACUCGGCGACGCUCCCAGAGCUGUCCCCCUUUUUUGCAAGUGAUUCAUAUAUCCCACCUGUACCGAUCAUUCCUCCAUCGUUGAUCGGUGGAGGGAUUCGGAAUGCCACCGAGUCGUCGACCAAGGGCGUCAAGCCCGCCACCAAACAGCUCAAGCCUGUUGGAGGCCCAGGAGCAUUUACUCCAGGAAACUCGCCGCUAGCAUCAGCUUAUUCACAGCUAACUGCCAACUCGCGACCAUAUGUAUCGGAUCUGAAGACUCAGACGCAGAACAAGGGGGUCUCCCAGCCAGUCGACGAGGAGGAAGACUAUUCGCCGACAUUCACCGCAGCGAGUCCGCUUGACUCGCCCGAGAAGAGGAUUGGGGUCAACCAGCUGUCGGGGAACGUGACGGGAACGGUCAUGAUGAAGCCCUGGCCUUCGAGGCAUACAGAGCACAACGAGACGUUGCGAAAGCAGCUCGACAAGAGCCCAGGAGUGUCCUCUGUAUCGUCCAUCCCUACCCCAGAACUCUCUCCAGCCACCAAGCCGGCUCCUCAGAGCUCGACUUCUUCGUCUGGUAGUAACAGUUCCAUGAGCCGAUACGAGGGGUCGAUCAGCAACUUUGAAAUUGUGACCAGAGCCACACUAGACGGCCAGCACCACAGUCGCUCUGCUAAUGCUAUUCAGCAGCGCCAUCGCGAAGUUCCGCAGACGGCUGUGCCGAUGUCGGCGGUCAGCCCCGGCCUGUCAACAGCAUCGAUCGAUCAAUACCUCGACAUUAUUACGUUUGGACCCAAGCCCAAUAACCCACCACUAUUUAUCACCGACGAAGGAGCAGAGGAUGCAUCAAAAGCAAAGUCAACUCCAGCCGCGUUCCUAACAAAGGAAGGGGUCCCCAACAAAUCAACUUUUGCUCCGAAUCAUCCUAAAGAGACGGUCGUUGAGCCGCCCAAGCCCGCUGAGCCACGAAAGCUCAAGUUUCCGCCACUGGAACCUUCAGAACCGGUAGCUGAGCCAAUAUUAUCUGCACUCAGAGAGCGGAGGCCAAGCUUACCAUCUCCUUCCGGCAACAUCUCCCCCAAUGCUUUGGAACGACGCCCCUCAGCACCGUCUCCGUUGACUGGGGGUCCGACAGCGAUUCUAUUCACUCCAUCGGCCCAUCAGCCUCUGCAUGCUGCACUUAGUGGCUAUAGCUCCUCUGGCUUCGGCAGCUUUUCGUUAAUGGGGACGGGAUCUAAAUUGCGCGCAGUGGAUGAUCAGGGCUUCCGCGUCUCGAAUCUCUCCAUCAAGACCGACCACAUUCGUAGUGCACUUGCAAAGGCUCCACUUGUCCCCUAUACACCUUUCUCUCAAGGCUCGGAUGCAUUUAGUCCAGGAACAGCACUCAUUUCUGCUCCAAUAGCCGUGUCGCGAGCACCAAUCAAGUCUGCCGUUCCUCCUACGAGUGCCCUCUCGACUGCUGCCCCUGUCAAGCUAGCGACUCGCUCCCGUACUCGACCCCCCAGCGGCCCCAGACAACAACGCAGUGUAUCUGCGUCCAAGGCUACUGGGUCCAGGCAUAAAGAGCCGGUACCCCCUCUUCCUUCCCUGGAUCCCAAAGUCCUCAAGAGCGUUCGCUCGCGUGCGAACACGAGCACGUCUGUUGUUGACUUGCACACGUCGCUCAUCUCAAUCCCGACGACACCAAGCUUUGAGACAGGCUUGAUACCUUUCAAGGGGUUGACCUUGGAUGUUGCAAAAUGGACGUUCAGCCAGGAAGAGCUUCAAGAAAUCUCGAGACGUGCAAUCUGCCAGUCUGCAGACCCACUUGCCAUCCGAUUGGUCCCUGCCAAAAUCUUGGAUGAGGAUGUACCGGCCGAGAUGGAAAAGCUCGAACUCAGGAGAGAGGAACUAAAGGCAGAUUACAAGUAUCACCACCGACGCCGCGUUGCGAUCCUCGGCUUGCUCAACGCGUUGACCGAGGCGAUGGACAAUCCAACCUCCUCCGGAAGUAACAGUCCCUCUGCCUCGAUGGCUCGUCUUCUCGACGAGUUGAGAGAGGUGGGAAUCAAGGCGGACAAAGUCUGCGAGGAGCUUUACAACGUGUGUGAUCAAAUCAACCAAAUGCACGCGCUGCAGGACUGUCAUGCUUCCUCCGCACUCGCUAUGGCGCUGAGAAAAAUCAAUGCUAGCUACCUCAAAAGUACCGCCGAGGCCACGGACAUGAAGGCACAGAUCGUCUACUUGACUGGCGAACGCGAAGAAGCAUGGGCCAUGGCGGAGAGCCUAGAAAAGGAGCUCAAUGAAGUCAAAGCACAGCUUGAGGCAGAAAAGGCGAAGGUUGUUGCUGCUGCUGCCUCUACGGUCCCCACCGCUCCUGUAGGCACUGAGCCUGAGGCAGUCUUCUCGCCACCAAUUAUGCCUUUCAAACGAGGAGACGCGACGCCCAGCACAGCCGUUCCGCAGAGUGCCGAUAUUAUUGAGGACGCGCCAUUGACAGGAAGCCGCGUGCUGGCUGCACGCAAGGUCAGCACUCGACGAGCGAAAGCCGGUCUACGAGCGGCGAGACAAUCGGUCAUUAGUCCUCUCCGCUUCUCUGCUCUUCACACGGGGUUCUCCAUUUCGUCGGCAUUCAGCGACGCGCACCCUCAACCAUCGGCUGCUCCUGUUCCUCCAGUACCAGCGAUUCACUCUGCUGCCUUGACCUCUGCAGGUGCAAGCGCCUUUAGCACGGGACGUCGUUCACGUCGCUCCGAAUCACUUUCUGGAACACCGGGUACAGCCGCAUCCUCACGUGAGCUGAUGAAUGCUCAGAAUGAGCUACUGCAGAUGCUCGGUGUACCAGUUCAAGGAUUAUCGGCACACGGUUUCCGCAGAACACGGUCGUUCUCGGACGCAGAUGUCAGAGCGUCAAUGCUCCCUCCGAGCCCUCCUCCGGCAGGCCUCGCCACCACAAUGGCAAAGCAGUUACAGUUGGCCGAUAAGACGGAUUCUGUCAUGAUCUCGUCGUUUCAUAACCGUGAAAGUCGUAUUACGAGCGUCUAUGGUGCAUAUUUGUCUCGAAGAAAUACGGCAUUCGCUGCGAAUAAGCGUAGGCAGACCCGGGCGAGUGGCUGGGGUGUUGAUGCUAUCUAUGAUGGCAUCCUUGAUGACGCAGAUAUAAAGAGGACCAUCCAAAGGCAGUCACAUCAUUAUCACCACUACCCUCAAAAGAUAUUGGACAUGGGACUACCACCCACGCACAGAGCCCUUGUUGUCGUAGAGGCGGGCAAGGUUGGCAUUAAUCAACAACCUCUCCCGAAAUACGGCGACGAGGAAAUACUGGUCAAAGUCAAAGCCGUUGCGAUUAACCCAACGGACUGGAAGCAUGUUGACCGUUUUCUCAAACCUGGCCAAUCCAUUGGCUGCGACUUCUCCGGCGACGUAGUAGCGGUCGGUCGCGACGCAGCAAGCAAGAUAUCUGUUGGAGAUGCUGUCGCCGGUUUUACUCGUGGAGGGUUUGUAAUUGGUGAUAAUGAGUACGUCAUGACAUAUCCCGAGAAUGUUUGGCACAAGCCGGCUUCCUUGCCCUACGAGGAAGCAGCUCCUAUGGGCGGAAUUGCUUUUUCAACUGCUGUUUGCGCGCUCCAUACUGUACUUGAUCUUCCUUAUGAGACGUCCAAGCCUCAACCGAUUCUUAUCUGGUCCGGUGCUACAGGGGUCGGGAUGUAUGCCAUCAAACUUGCGACUCUAGCAGGCUUCAAGGUAGUGACAACUGCAUCUGAGAAGAACUGGGACCUUGUCAAAUCUCUUGGUGCAGAAGCAGUCUUCGACUACAAGGAUCCAGAGGUCGUCGAGAAGAUCAAAAACUGGGUGAAUGAGAGCGGCCAGGGACCAUUGAAGAAAGCACUCAACGCUGUCUCUACACCUGACAGCACUGCUCAAUGCGCCGUUCUUGUAGGUGCAGGUGGGAGUGUUGUGACCCUUCUACCAGUGCCCAAUGAUUUGGAUCCGAAAGGGGCAGAAGUCAAGUUUAUGCUUGUCUAUCGUGCGCUGAAGCAGAAUGGUGUCGAAGCGCGUCGGCGAAUGUGCGAGUGGACUGAAGAGGAUGUCCUCGCCGCAAAGACACGGAACCCGACAUACAUCGAAAAUAACGCAAAGUUACGUGAGUGGAAUCAGAGGAUGCCUUCGCUCAUCGAGAGCGGCAAACUCCCUAAGGGGCUUGUUCCUCUGAAGAUUUACCAAGGGAUGGAGAAGCUGCCCGAGGCUAUUGACUAUGCUCGACUGGGAAGAGUCAGUGGAGAGAAACUUGUCGUUAUAUUCGAUUAG